GGGCUGGGUUGGUUUACCACACUCGGUGUCUACAACAUUCAGCUGUCGCCAUGAAGGUGCUGUUUUCUGUGCUUCUGCUGCCUCUGUUCUUUGAGGGUCUCCUGGCUCAAUGCCCCGCACCCUCGGAACUGGUGACGGAGAAGGUCUGUGCCCGCAUGUUUGAACACAGCAACAUGUACUUUGACCAGUCCUGUGGAGGAGCCUACCUCGAUGCCAAGAAUGGAGAUGACUACCCCUACAUGCCACUUGGAUGGGGUAACAAGAUCUCAUCUCUGGUUGUAGGCACUCGCUGCACCCUGAAAGUAUGGAGCCAGCCCGGUAAAAUUGGAAACAACCGUUCCUUCAAUGCUGGAGUGGUCUACCAGUUAAAGGACUUUGCCAAUGGACUGCUUGGAAACUGGAAUGAUGCCAUUAGCUCUUAUUACUGUACCUGCACAUAAGGAGACUUUGGUGGCAAUGAUGCCAGCAUGAAGGGUUCUCAAUAAAUACCCAUCUACUUAUUAA